GUCAGGAGAGGUUAUCAAAAUGGAGUCCUCCACUUCGCGUCCCGCCACCUCCAUUCCGAUUCCUUCUCGAGUUGUUUUGCGCGGCAUCAUUCAGUUUCUUUUUGCUCAAGAUUUUAAAUCGGUUGAUAUUCACAAACAGCUUGUUUCUGUAUAUGGAGAGAGUGUGAUGAGUGAAUCUAUGGUGCGGAGAUGGGUCCGAGAAUUUAAGGCAGGAAGACAUUCGCUUGAAGACGAAAGUGGGAGAGGCAGACCCUCCCUUAUCACGGAUGAGUUGACGACAAAAAUUGAAAAUGCGAUUCGCAAUGAUCGUCGUUUAACUUUAGAUGAACUCCACAACCUUUUUCCAGAGAUAUCCCGAAGUCUUAUCCAUGAGAUCGUUUCAGAAAAACUCGAAUUUCGCAAGGUUUGCGCCCGUUGGGUUCCCAGAGAACUGACUCCUCUACACAAGGCCACACGAGUGACUGCAGUCACUGGAGACGAGACCUGGGUCGCCCAUUACACACCAGAAAACAAAAGACAGUCAAUGCAAUGGAAGCACACCUAUUCUCCAACUGCAAAGAAGUUCAAAGUGGUCAAGUCCGUCAAAAAAAUCAUGGUUUCUCUCUUCUGGGACCAAAAAGGAAUUCUGCUGAUUGAUUUUUUGCCUCAAGGAGCAACAAUAAAUGCGGAGCGCUAUUGUGAAACUUUGAAAAAGCUGCGUCGGGCCAUUCAGAACAAAAGAAGGGGGAUGUUGACAGCAGGUGUGUCCCUUCUUCACGACAAUGCUCGGCCGCACGUCGCUGCUUCAACAACUGCACUUUUGAAUCAGUUUAGUUGGGAUGUUUUGACCCACCCACCGUAUAGCCCGGAUCUAGCACCAUCGGACUACCAUCUUUUUACGAAACUGAAGGAGUCCUUGGCCGGAAAACGCUUCCAAAGCGACGAGGAAGUUCAGACAGCUGUAACUAACUGGACUAAAGAACUGGCGGGAAGUUUCUAUGCAGAAGGGAUUUCGAAGCUUGUUUCCAGAUAUACAAAAUUGCGGAGCCCCUUAGGCUAA